AUGUUCAGGAAUAUUUUAAUUUGUGAUUUUGAUGAAACAAUUUCAAUUAAAGAUACUAUUAGUGCAUUUGCCAGAUUGGCAUAUCUUGUGAAACCCCCCACAUUUCCAAAUUGGUCUCAUUUUGAAACAACGUAUAUGGAAGGAUACAAUCGUUUACAACCUAAAUAUUCUCAGAAUAGAACCUUACCAUUGCUUAAAAACCUUGGUUCGAAUAAUAGAAUUACCGAAGAAAAUUAUAACGUGUUGUUCGGAUUGGAAAUUGAGUAUCAAAAACUAUGUAGGAAUAUAGAGUUGAAUAGUAUCCAAGAGAUGGAAAAAUAUGAUCUAUUCAAAGGUAUUAGUCUACGUGAUGUAUCAAAUUAUGUGGGAAGUUUGUUGAAUGGAGAAGUCAAUUCCAUUAUGAGAAAAGGAUUUACUGAAUGUUUAAGGACCUUAAAGAUUGAUAUCGAUAAUCUUUUUGUAAUAUCAAUCAAUUGGUCUAGAGAAUUUAUCCAGGAUACAAUUACAAAAGAAUAUAUUUCAUCUUCAAACAUUUAUUGUAAUGAUCUCCUGUUAGAUCAAAAAGAAGACACGAAGUAUGUAUAUAGAGGUGACUUUUCCAAAUCAUUAUUAACUGGAUCAGAUAAGAUACGAGUAUUAAAUAAGCUAUGUGAUGAUAAAAAUGAAAAUCAGAAAAAUCUCAAUAAAUUUUGGUAUGUUGGUGAUAGUGAGACUGAUCUUCUUUGUAUUUUAAAUCCUCGAGUUAAUGGGGUAUUGUUAUUAGAUCCUCAAGAGGAUAAGAAGAAAUUUCUUAAAUUGACAAUGGAUAUAUUGGGACUUGAAAUCGAUAUCAUAAACAAUUUCAUGAAUGAUUCAGAUCUAAGAUCCUUGGUACUUGUAGAGAAACAAAAUGGUAAUCUUUCAUACCUUGUCAAAACCUGGAAUGAUAUAACUACACUUAUACAACAAAGUAAUACAUUAUGA